AUGGAUUCAACAGAGCCAACUGAGGGACAGGCUUCCGCAAGUACUUCGGGAAAAACGGAUCAUAAAAAGGGACCUGUCUGCAUCAUCGUUCUCGGCAUGGCCGGUUCAGGCAAAACCACCUUCGUGCGGAAAUUAGCCCAAUACCGGCACGCGAACGGGUCCUUACCGUACUUGAUUAAUUUGGAUCCUGCAUGCCGCGAAACGCCGUAUCCAGUAAAUAUUGAUAUCCGUGAUACGGUGAAAUAUAAAGAAGUGAUGAAACGAUACAAUCUGGGACCGAACGGUGGAAUCGUGACUGCAUUAAACUUGUUUUCCACCAAAUUUGGGAAGGUAAUUGAACUGAUAGAGAAAGCGAAGCAAAAGCAUGAAUACUGCGUCAUAGAUACGCCGGGACAGAUCGAAGUGUUUACCUGGUCGGCAUCAGGCACUAUCAUUACCGAAGCACUGGCCACCGCAUUCCCGACCGUUAUAGUGUACGUAAUGGACAUCGUGCGUUCCACUAGCCCAACCACCUUCAUGUCCAACAUGUUGUACGCCUGCUCCAUUCUUUACAAAGCGCGUUUGCCGUUUGUUAUUGUGAUGAACAAAAUAGACAUCCAGGAGCACAAUUUUGCCGUGCAGUGGAUGCAAGACUUUGAAACGUUCCAGGAAGCCCUUGCAAACGAAACAGCUUACGUGAGCAAUCUGACCCGUACGAUGUCAUUGACACUGGACGAGUUUUAUCGUAACUUAAAAUCGUGCGGUGUAUCGUCGAUCUCGGGAAUUGGAUUUGAACAGUUUUUCAUGUUGCUCAACGAAGCAGUAAACGAGUAUGAAAGUGACUAUAAACAGGAGUACGAUAAAUUGCGCGAGGAUAAAGCGAACAAGAAACGUACGGAAGAACAAUCGGCAAAAUCAGUCAACGAUAUGGGUGAAGAAGUGCCUCUUGGUAGUGAGAGUAGCAUCGCUACGGAUCGUAACGAUGCCAUCUAUUUGAAACACCCAGCAAAUGAAAGCUCUGACGACGAUGAAGGGCACGAAGGCGAUGGUUCAAUUGUGGCCGUAGGAGACGAUGAAGCUGAAGAGAUUAAUUUUAAUAAUUUCACCCAACAACACCGUCGACAACAAGCCGAAAAGCAACAAAAACAAUCUACCAAAUAAAGCAACAAUG